ACUGAGAAAACAACAGAAAAUGGAGGGAAAACGACACAGUCAUGUUUUCGGCUGAAAAUUCGCCAAGAACAAACGGAGACAACAUUUCUCUCCUCUCUCUCUCUCUAAUCGAAUUGCGUUCGUGGGAGAAAGAGAGAGCGAUCGCCUCUUCAAUCAAUUCGUAUGCAAACCUCUUAUUCGUACUGUCAUCUUUACGCACAAAAUACUGUGAUAUACGUACGUAUAGGGAUUACUGAUUAGGGAUGGAUUCGUUAAUGGGCAAGGUGGGGUCUUACUGGGUAGGCCAGAAAACCAGCAGCGAGGUCAAUUCCGUCGGCAAUGACCUCAACAAUGUGUCAAACAGUAUAGAAGGAGGAGCCAAAUGGUUGGUUAACAAAAUUAAAGGGUCAAUUCAAAAGCCACUACCAGAGCUGCUUAAGGAGUAUGAAUUGCCAAUAGGUAUUUUCCCUCGUGACACCACAAACUAUGAAUUUGAUGAAGAGACACGGAAGCUGACUGUCAAUAUACCGUCCAUAUGUGAAGUGGGCUACAAGGAUUCAUCUGUUUUGCGAUUUAAUACUACCGUAACUGGGUGUCUUGACAAGGGAAAGCUAACUGACAUUGACGGGAUUAAAACAAAGGUGAUGAUUUGGGUCAAAGUGUCUUCAAUUACGUGUGAUAACUCAAAACUCCAUUUCUCAGUUGGCAUGAAGAAAACCAGAAAUAGAGAUGCAUAUGAGUAUAACAAAGAUGGAAUAAGAGUAGAAAAGUUCUAGUGUUAUCGAAGUCAUUAUGAUAUACAUUGUGCCUCUUCUGGGAGCUGUUGGUAUUUCACUGUGUAAUUCUUACUUCUCAAAAUGAAAAUGUGUUUUGCAUUCUAUUUUUC